AUGAACAUGAACAUGAACAUGUCUGCUUGCAACCCUACCUCUAUGAUGGAGGCUCAUUCCAACCCUGUUACCACCCCUUUCUGUGGAGGCUUUGCUAAUGAUCACUCUCACCAUUCUGUGACGUUGGAGUCAAACAAAAACACAGUCAUAUGUAAAUUUUCGCAGAAAACCAUGUCGGUUCAUCCAUCUCAAACUUCACGUUCCAAAUCAUCACCAUUGCCUUUUUCUCUCUUUAAUAACUGUGAAUUAGAGAUGAUGAGUGAAUUUCACUGGGACACUGAUCAAAAUGCAAAGCUCAAAAAUGAUACCAACAUUGCUAAUCAUCACAUAAUCAAAGGGCAAUGGACUCCUGAAGAAGAUAGAGCUCUUUUGGAAUUGGUGAGUCAAAUCGGACCCAAGAAAUGGACACAAAUUGCAAGAUCACUCCAUGGCAGAAUUGGGAAGCAAUGUCGAGAAAGAUGGAAAAACCAUCUUCAGCCAAACAUUAGGAAGGGAUCAUGGAGCUUGGAGGAAGACAUGAUUUUGAUCAGAGGGCAUCAAGAAUUUGGAAGAAAAUGGUCAAAGAUUGCAAAGAGAUUGAGUGGUAGGACUGAGAAUGACAUCAAGAACCGGUGGAAUGCAACCAUUCGACGCCAAAACUGCAACAAGAACCGCCGAGCUCACUACAGAGGCUCAAUGCUCCAUGCCUAUGUUAAAUGGGUCACUGCAACUGAAGAAAAAGUUUUCAGAAAACCCUCAUACAAGAAGAAUAAAAAUGUGUUUGGAUGCACUUGUGAUGAGCUAGCUCUUUUGUUGAGCUAG